AUGACAGGUCAUGUUAUUGGCCUUAAUCUCAGCAGUAGUUGUCUCCACGGCUCUUUCGACUUCAAUAGUAGCCUGUUCAACCUGGUGCAUCUUCCAAGGUUAAGUCUCUCUGACAAUAACUUCAAUCACUCUCAAAUUCCACCUAACAUAAGAAAUUUUCCAAGCCUCACUCAUCUUGACCUCUCUGCCUCUUUCUUUUCUGGUCAAAUCCCAUCUGAAGUCUCACACUUGUCCAAGUUGACAUACCUUAAUCUGUGUUGCAAUAUUAUUGAAAUUGAAACAUCUUCUGAUGAUCCUCAGCGAUUGUUGAAACUUCAACCAUCCGAUAUGAGAAGUCUAGUUCAAAAUUUAACUAGUCUAGAAACUCUUUCUCUCAGUUUCGUUAACAUAUCUUCGAUCAUGCUCGUUUCCUUGACAAAUUUAUCAUUUUUGACAUCCCUUGUCCUCAAGAAAUGUGAUCUGCUUGGCGAAUUCCCAGUGAGAAUUUUCAAUCCACAGAACUUAAAAGUUCUUAGUGUGAGAUACAACCAAGAUCUCACUGGAUAUUUUCCUGAAUUUAAUCGAAGUAGUCCUCUCAUGGUACUGAAAGUUACGUUUACUAGGUUUUUCGGACAAAUACCUUCCUCGUUUGAAAAGCUUAAUUCAUUGCAAGAGUUGGAUGUAGCUCAAUGCAAUUUUUCAGAAGGGUUGGUUCCAUCUGCACUUGGUAAUCUUAGACAGCUCACUUAUCUAGACAUUUCAGCAAACAAAUUUGGAGGUCCAAUUCCUGAUUCCUUGGCCAACCUUACCCAAUUGACUGUGUUUAGGAUCAGUACGAGUUAUUUAACUGGUCCAAUUCCAUCUUGGCUGGGUAAUUUUAGCAAACUAGUUUACCUAGAUUUUGCUUUUAAUAGGUUGAUUGGUUCAAUUCCUGCCUCAUUUUCCAAUCUCAAGAACCUCGAGAUCCUUUAUCUACAUUCAAAUAACCUGAGUGGUGUAGUGGAGUUUCAAAUGUUUCAGAAGCUACAAAAUCUAUACCAACUCCAAUUGAAUCGGAACAAUUUGGAAUUUGUUACCGAAUCCAGCAUUAUUAUGAAUGCAACUCUUCCACAGUUUAGUAUUCUGGGUUUGAAUGGAUGCAACUUAAGAGAGUUUCCAUCUUUCUUAAGAUAUCAGAAAAUUUUGAAGCGGUUGGACCUGUCGAGAAACAAAAUCCAUGGCCAAGUACCGAACUGGAUGUGGAACAUAAGCAAGGAAACUCUGAUAUUCUUGGACAUUUCUGAUAACUUGCUUUCAGAUGAACUUCCAGUUUUCAUACCCUGGGUUAACCUACUAUGCUUGAGGCUUUCGCUCAACACUUUUCAUGGAAGAUUACCGAUCCCUCCACCAUCCCUGCUAGAAUAUGGAGCUACCAACUGUUAA